AUGAAUAUUCAUGACGCUGAUGAGCGCCCGUUGAAGAAGAGGCGCUUUUUCGUGGAUGAUGAAGAUCUCGCCACUCCCCAACCAUCCACUGAUUCUGUCACAGCAAGUCUCCACACGCCCGAUUCCUCGUCCCUGGCCGGUCAAGAGUCCCAGCCACAGCCUACACGAUCUCAAAAUGGCCUGGAAGAUACAAAAGAACUGUUGAUGGAUGAUUCUACGCGGGUCGAGGAUCAUGCUGUGCCACAUGUGGAGCAAGAGAUCGUGCAAGCGGAACACCACAAUGCAGAUUCGAGGACAGAGGGUGCCCUACUACAGGUGGACUACGACGGGUUCGAUAUAUCGACGUUCACAAGUAUCAUAGGGGAAAACCUCUCGGCAGAUUCAAUACAAAGAAUCCGAAGUGCUGCUGGUGACGACCUUGAACGGGCGGUCAACAUCUACUUCGAUGGCUCUUGGAAGAAAUCCCCAACUCCUCGUGCUCAGAAUCAGACUACUCUUACGGCUCGCCAACGCCCGCUUCCUACACAACCCCAUAAGAUUGCUACUCCCCUGUCAGCAACCUGUAAACCACACACCCAGAUCCUACCGCCUGACAAGAUCACAUCUCGCCCUGCGACUCAGCCUCCCUUAAGAUACAUAGGUGCGUUUGGUGUUGGAGCCUGGGCUACAAGGAGUGGAGCUGGAUUCCUCAGACAUGGGGAUCUUGUAAAUAUUGAGCGUACACGGUCCCAGCCGCUCUCGAAGCGGAACCGUGCCGGGAAGCUGGUUUCUAAUCAGAAGAGUGACGUUCUCACCCGGUUUACCACUAAAUCAGGGCAGGAAAUAGGAAGAUUGCCCCGGGAAACAGCUGAAUGGGUCUCAACCCUGCUGGAUCAAAGGGUGUGUACAUUUGAGGGUGUAUGCGUAUACGUGCCGGACCGGGUCCGGGUGAAUGACACCAUCUAUCUGCAGCUGCGAUGCUACUUACGCAUCGAGGCAUUCCAGCCACGGAUAUUUAGUCAAUCGAUGGAUGACAAUAGGUCCGUUGCAAUCUUCGAGGAGAAAGAAAGUGCAGAUGAGAAAGCACUGCGGCUCCGCCAAGUGGCUCUUGUGAAGCUGUUUGAUGAAAUCCAUCUUCAACCGACAUCCGUCAAUGACAUGACGAGAAAUCAUAAGAAAGAAGGGUUGCUUCGUGCGGCGGAAAUGGCUGAACAGCACGAGCGAGUGAAAAAGGAAAAUCAAACAAAUGACGACUCUUCGGAGGAGGACAGCCCUGAGCUUGAAGAGGAUCAGCUUGAUACCCUCUAUAAGAAGGCUCAGUCGUUCGACUUUAGCAUGCCUGAAGCAGAACCUGCCUCGUCAUUUACAUUGCAUCUUCGAAAAUAUCAGAGGCAGGCACUAUACUGGAUGCUCGCAAAGGAAAAGGACAAUAAGUCUGCAAGGGAGACGUCGCUGCAUCCCUUAUGGGAGGAGUACAGUUGGCCGUCCAGGGAUGUCGACGACAAAGAACUCCCAGCUGUGGCUGGCAUUGACCACUUUUACGUCAACCCUUACUCUGGCGAACUUAGCCUUGACUUCCCUGUCCAAGAGCAGCAUUGCCUUGGGGGGAUCCUGGCAGAUGAAAUGGGCCUGGGUAAGACGAUUGAGAUGCUCAGUUUGGUCCACUCUCAUCGCAUUAUGCCUCAGAAGCCCACUGAUCUUGUGAGGUUGCCUCAGUCGGCUUCCGGUGUCGUACCCGCCCCAUAUACCACUCUUGUGAUUGCGCCCACAUCCCUCCUUUCGCAGUGGGAAAGUGAAGCACUGAAGGCUUCGCAGCCGGGAACAAUGAACGUCCUCAUGUAUUACGGGGCGGACAAGAAUAUCAAUCUUAAAAACCUCUGCGCUUCGGGAAAUGCUGCUGCUCCCAAUUUAAUCAUAACCAGCUAUGGCGUUGUUCUCUCGGAAUACCGUCAGCACAUGUCCGCGUUGCUCUCAUCUAUGAGCUCCGGUGGCCUAUUUUCCGUGGACUUCUUCCGAGUUAUCGUCGAUGAAGCUCAUGUAAUCAAGAACCGUCUGUCAAAGACAGCCAAGGCGUGCUAUGAGCUCAAGGCAACCCAUCGUUGGGUGUUGACAGGAACUCCCAUCGUUAAUCGCCUGGAGGACCUGUUCAGCCUUGUGAGAUUUCUCAAGGUCGAGCCAUGGAAUAACUUCUCAUUUUGGAAGACAUUUAUAACUGUACCUUUUGAGUCCAAAGACUAUGUGCGCGCCCUGAACGUUGUGCAGAGCGUGCUGGAGCCCCUGGUCCUCCGACGUACGAAGACAAUGAAGACACCCGAGGGUGAACCUUUAGUGCCUUUACCACGUCGCACCAUCACAAUAGAGGAAGUCGAACUUCCAGACCAGGAGCGGGAGAUUUAUGAUCUUAUCUUUACACGGGCAAAGCAGACGUUCAAUCACAAUGUCGAAGCUGGCACUCUGUUGAAGUCCUAUUCAACAAUCUUCGCACAAAUUCUCCGCCUCCGCCAGACCUGCUGUCAUCCUAUCCUCACACGCAACAAAGCGAUAGACGACAUGGAUCUUCAAGAUCUCAUUGAUCGCUUCAAGGCAUCCACCGAAGCAGCCGAAUCCAACGAGCCUCAGGAUCCCUCCGCCAAAUUCACUGCCCAUGCAUUGAAACAAAUCCAAAACGAAGCCAGCGGCGAAUGUCCCAUUUGCUCGGAAGAGCCCAUGAUUGACCCUGCCGUAACGGCAUGCUGGCACAGUGCAUGCAAGAAAUGUCUGGAGGACUACAUCCGCCACCAAACCGACAAGGGCAUGGACCCUCGGUGCUUUUCAUGCCGAGCACCCACCACGUCGCGGGACAUUUUCGAAGUGGUUCGUCAUGAAAGCCCCAAUACCACACCCGAAGACGAUAUAUAUAGCAGUACUCCAACCCCCUCUCAAGCGCCUCCCCGAAUAAGCCUCCGCCGUAUCCACCCUCUUUCGCCGUCUGCCCAUACAUCUGCCAAAGUGCAUGCCCUUCUCGCUCAUCUUGCCCGCGUCCCUGCCAAUACCAAAUCCGUUGUCUUUUCCCAAUUUACCAGUUUCCUCGACCUCAUUUCCCCCCAACUCACCCGUGCGGGUAUCCAUCACGUCCGUCUGGAUGGUACCAUGCCGCACAAAGCCCGUGCGGAAACCCUCGCGCAAUUCAACCGGCACAGACACUCGACCGCCCCGCCCCCUCCCACCGUUCUUCUUAUCAGUCUCCGCGCCGGAGGUGUGGGUCUUAAUCUCACGGCAGCUAGUAAUGUCUUCAUGAUGGAUCCUUGGUGGAGCUUUGCAAUUGAGGCUCAGGCUAUUGAUCGGGUUCAUCGCAUGGGACAGACACGGGAUGUGCAAGUGACACGGUUCGUGGUGAAGGACUCCAUCGAGGGAAGAAUGUUGAGGGUUCAGGAACGGAAGAUGAAUAUUGCAGGGUCUUUAGGACUGAGGGUUGGUGGAGAUGGCUCCGAGGAUGACAAGAAGAAGGAAAGAAUCGAGGAGUUGAGGUUGUUAUUUGAAUAG